UGGAAGUGGAAAGGCAAAUUGUGGCUAAUCAGCUAGAAAGAUGUAGGCUUGGAGCAGAAUCACCAAGUAUCGCCAGCACAAGCCCCAGAAAGAAAAAUUCUGUAUUUGAAUCAGAUUCUUCCAAAUUUCUUCAUGACCAGCUGCUUCUGGUAGAGUUGCUGUUCAAAACAAGUUUCUCUGAAGAAGCCACUGGGAUGUUCAGCCUCCCAUAUAAUACAGCAUUGCAGCUAACUUUCCGUCUGUAGCGUUACUGAUUCAGUCGGACUCAGUCCUGGGCUGCCAGGUGUGCUGGAGUACGUGCUGAUGCAGAUCCAGCAGCCACCAGUGCAAACAAACCCCUCGUGUCAGAGGGAGUUCAUACCAAUGCCUAUCACAUUAGGACAGAACCAAUACAAGGGAACCUCUACUCACCGGAACAGACAUCUCUCCAUGAAAGUGAGGGGUCUGUAGGUAACUCCAGAAGUUCAACACAAAUGAAUUCUUAUUCUGAUAGUGGUUACCAGGAAGUAAGCAGCUUUCAUAACAGCCAAAACUUGAACAAACCAGAAAACAGACAGCAGCAUUCCGUUAUUGGAACUGCUACUAACCACUUGGUGAGAAGCUCACGAGCUGAAGGGCAGACUCUAGUCCAGCCUUCAGCAAACGUUGCUACCAACCGAGCCAUGAGACGCGUCAGUUCAGUCCCGUCCAGAGCACAGUCUCCCUCUUACGUGGUCAGCACAGGUGUUUCCCCUUCCAGGGGGUCUCUGCGAACAUCUCUGGGUAGUGGGUAUGGUUCUCCCUCAGUUGCUGAGCAAAGAUCCCUCGCUUCUCAUGCAUAUUCAUCCACUACUCUGCCAGUACAGCGGGCGGCAUCCCCGUAUGCUGCACAGAGACCUGCUUCCCCGGUGACUGUGCGGCGGAUUGGCUCGAUCACAUCCAGACAGACAGCAAAUCCCAAUGGUGGGACUUCUCAGUACCAAGCAUCAGCUAGAGUUGGCUCUCCACUUGCCCUCGCUGAUGUACAAACCAGAGUUGCUUCUCCACCCCAAACGCAGCUGGGAUCAUCUUCCCCAAAGCGUUCUGGUAUGACUGCAGUUCCACAACAUUUGGGAACAACACUACAGAGAACAGUCCAUGAUAUUGAACAUUACGGACAGCAGUAUGAUAUAUAUGAGAGAAUGGUUCCUCCACGUCCAGAUAGCCUUACAGGCCUGAGGAGUUCAUAUGCUAGUCAACACAGUCAACUAGGACAGGAAUUACGAUCGGCUGUAUCUCCUGACUUGCACAUCACCCCUAUCUAUGAAGGCAGAACUUACUACAGUCCCGUGUACCGUAGUCCAAAUCAUGGAACAAUUGAGCUCCACCAGGGAUCCCAGUCAGCACUGUAUCGAACAGGGUCAGGAGUUGGAAAUCUUCAAAGAUCAUCCAGUCAGCGUAGCACACUCACAUACCAAAGAAAUAAUUAUGCUCUGAACACAACUGCUACCUAUGCGGAACCCUACAGGUCAAUGCAGUACCGACUGUCAGAGUCUGGCUAUAACAGGCUGCAGCACGCAGCGCCCGCCGACGAUGGGACCACGCGAUCUCCAUCCAUAGAUAGCAUUCAAAAAGACCCCAGGGAGUUUGCUUGGAGAGAUCCGGAACUGCCUGAAGUCAUUCACAUGCUCCAACACCAGUUCCCAUCAGUCCAGGCGAACGCAGCCGCCUACCUUCAGCAUUUGUGCUUCGGAGACAACAAAGUGAAAACAGAGGUGUGCCGGCUGGGAGGGAUCAAACACCUGGUGGAUCUCCUGGAUCACAGAGUCCCGGAGGUUCAGAAGAAUGCAUGUGGUGCACUGAGAAACCUGGUGUAUGGAAAGUCUACAGAUGAAAACAAAAUAGCAAUGAAGAAUGUUGGUGGGAUCCCUGCACUUCUGCGAUUGCUUAGAAAAUCCAUUGAUGCAGAAAUAAAAGAGCUCGUAACAGGGGUUCUCUGGAACUUGUCUUCAUGUGAUGCGGUGAAGAUGACAAUCAUAAGAGACGCUUUGUCAACGCUGACAAACACUGUGAUAGUGCCACACUCCGGGUGGAACAGUGCCUCCUUUGAUGAUGAUCAUAAAAUUAAAUUUCAGACUUCCCUGGUUCUGCGCAACACUACAGGAUGCCUGAGGAAUCUGAGCUCUGCGGGGGAAGAAGCCCGGAAGCAGAUGAGGUCCUGCGAAGGGCUGGUUGAUUCACUGCUCUAUGUGAUCCACACCUGUGUGAACACAUCGGAUUAUGACAGCAAGACAGUGGAGAACUGCGUGUGCACCCUGAGAAACCUUUCCUACCGCUUGGAGCUGGAGGUGCCUCAGGCGCGUCUGCUGGGCAUCAAUGAACUGGACGACUUGUUGGGAAAGGAGUCACCAAGCAAAGACUCCGAGCCAAGCUGCUGGGGGAAAAAAAAGAAGAAGAAAAAAAAAACUUCACAGGAGGACCAGUGGGAUGGAGUUGGCCCUAUACCAGGAUUUUCCAAGUCUCCUAAGGGGGUAGAAAUGCUGUGGCACCCAUCGGUAGUGAAGCCGUACCUAACGCUUCUAGCAGAAAGCUCCAAUCCAGCCACUCUCGAGGGCUCUGCAGGAUCUCUCCAGAAUCUUUCUGCUGGCAACUGGAAGUUUGCAGCAUACAUUCGAGCUGCUGUAAGGAAAGAAAAAGGACUGCCAAUCCUUGUGGAACUCCUGAGGAUGGAUAACGAUAGAGUCGUUUCAUCUGUGGCAACCGCCUUACGGAACAUGGCAUUAGAUGUUCGGAAUAAGGAGCUUAUUGGCAAAUAUGCUAUGCGAGAUCUGGUGAAUCGACUGCCAGGAGGCAAUGGCCCAAGCAUACUGUCUGAUGAGACUGUAGCAGCAAUCUGCUGCGCGCUGCAUGAGGUCACCAGCAAAAAUAUGGAAAAUGCCAAAGCCCUCGCUGAUACCGGGGGAAUAGAAAAGCUGGUGAACAUAACAAAAGGAAGAGGUGACAGAUCUUCACUGAAAGUUGUCAAGGCAGCUGCUCAGGUACUGAAUACGUUAUGGCAGUAUCGAGACCUUCGCAGCAUUUAUAAGAAGGAUGGAUGGAAUCAGAGUCACUUCAUUACACCGGUAUCGACGCUUGAACGUGAGAGAUUCAAAUCCCAUCCCUCGUUAUCAACAGCCAAUCAGCAGAUGUCACCGGUCAUACAGUCAGUUGGCAGCACAUCUUCAUCACCGGCUUUGUUAGGAAUUAGAGAACCCCGCUCUGAAUAUGAGAGAACACAACCUUCUAUGCAGUAUUACAACAACCACGGCGAUAUCAUUGCUCAUAAAGACAUCUAUACUGGUUCCAGCAAAACGUCCCCAAUUUACAUCAGUUCCUAUUCCUCACCAGCGAGAGAACAGAACAGGCGGCUACAGCAUCAGCAACUGUACUACAGUCAAGAAGAUACCAACAGAAAGAACUGCGACGCGUACAGGUUGUACCUGCAGUCCCCACACAGCUAUGAAGACCCAAACUUUUACGAUCGAGUUCACUUUCCUGCUACUUCAGACUACACAACACAGUAUGGACUGAAAUCAACCACAAAUUAUGUAGACUUUUAUUCCACCAGACGAUCUUCUUAUAGAGCAGAACAGUACCCAGGUUCACCUGACUCCUGGGUGUAGCAUCAAAGGGAAAAAAAAAAACAACAGUAUAUUUCUCAUCGCGCUUGAGAAGAAAUUGAAUGGCCUCAUUUGAUGUCUUGGUUAUGAAAUCUGAAGGUGAAAUAAAAGAGGAAAUAAGGAA